ACGGCACUGAACAUCAGAUCAACCGAAGCAGGACGAUAACCAAGGAUUCAUUCUUUAACUGCAUGGAUAUACCUUUCUCAAGUUGCAGGAUAUAACCAUUCUUUAACUGCAAGGCUGUAGUCCCUACAAUGACAAGUGACAAGAGGAGUCUUGUCCGUCCAUUCCAUUCCCUCCCCACCAUCGCAACCCUCGACAGAAGCAAGACGGCAGCAAGACACUGCUAAGACCGAGCAGUAAGAUAGCUUUAUUCGGACAUCUUGGACAAGUAUGCUUGUCCCUCUAUUUCUCGUCCUUACAGGGUUCGUCGCUUACCAGAGCAAGCCCAAGCAGGAAACGUUUGUCCCGUUUCUGACCUCACAACGCAAGUCGCGACUUUCUGUGACAUUGCCACCGUCGCUUUCUGGAUCAACGGUGGCAGCUAGAGUGUCAGGAGCUGAUGGAGCUGCGCACAGGCAGGGCGGAGGUGUUUCGGGAUGGUUCACACGCAACAUCCUCGAGCCUUUGACUGGACCUCGAAUCCCCGAGCACACCAUCACAGAUUGCUACAUCUUCUACCUAGCGACACUAAAUGAUGGUUCUGGACAGUAUUUGGGCAUGUUUCAGAAGUGGUGGGUUGUUUCCGAACUACAGGAAGUGUCCGACACGACUGAAUCUGGACCUGCACCUGGUAAUGGGGGCGUAUAUGAAGCCCAAGCUGAAGGACAAAAGCAGGAUGCAGUUCAGGCCAAGAUCAAAAAAGACUACCUCAAAGCAGCGAGAGCCUAUGUGGAGGCAGCCAAACUAUACGAAAAGAGCGGCUCUCAGUUCAAUCUCAUGGAAGCAGCAGGGGCGUACGAGGACGCGUACAAGACCUACAACAUGGCUAAGCAAUCAGGUCUCGCGAUUCAGUGUCUUGAAAACGCAGCGAGAUUGUUCCACUCAAAUGAGCGUGGAGGGUUAAGAGCAGCCAAGGCAUACAACCAACUGGGCGACCUUCUCAAGGGGCAUGAUGCAAAGAAGGCCGCGGAGAUGUACCGUGAGGCAGCUGAGCUGUUCAAGACCGAAGGUGAUGGACGCGCUCUCUAUGCAACCAUUCGACAAGUGGAGCAACUGUGUAUAUUGCAAGAUUAUGCACAGGCAUUCGCACUCUACAGCGAUACCAUCAUCCCAGAGACCAUGGCGCAGGACAUUCUGCGGUACACGACGCGGGACCAUAUCCUGAACGCGGUCAUUGCACAUCUUGGCGCUACCAAAGGCGAUUGGAUUCUGUUUGAGAAGGACCUAAAGUAUUUCGAGGACGUUUACCCGGAUUUCCAAAUGUCUCGAAGCGAUGCUGUGCUCAAGAGUCUUGCAAGAACAGAGCGCGAGAACGAUGCAGUAGCGUUCCAGAAUGCAUGCCAGGAACUCAAUCGACUGCAUACCGGAGGGAUGCCGGACUGGCAAGUGGGCCUGCUGCUGAAGGAAAAAAAGAAGUUGGAGGACGGAAAUCUGCUGUGAGGCUCUGGGGACGCUCGCGAGACUUUUAUAUACCAUUCUGAUACUUGCAGCAGUAUGCUAGCUCGCUCAUGCCCACGACGACGACCUUCAUCGGCCAGCUAUCGAAAGAUUUAUCGAAUCGCAAAGACAUGGUCCAUUGAAUGGAGUAAUAAAACAGUUUGCAUCAUGAUUGAUUUGCGUGGGAACAGCUUUGUGCACUUCCACGAUGAAGUUCGAUAUUGAGGGUGAAAUGUCUGAGCGUGGUUAUACCAGCCAUAUACGUUACUUGUGCUCGGACAUCAAUGUCUAUUGGUAUGAAACGAAGAAAGAGGCAUCUUGGUACCUGAUCUUGAUACCACAGGAGCAGAAGGACUUGUCGACUGCUUUACACUCAGAUAGUACAUAGGCGCCUGGGCGUGAAGACAAGCAAACGUGAAGGACAG